CUACUCAUCACUUUACUAACAAAUAGAGAGAAAGCACUCCGGAGGUCAACAAUGUUGGAUGAAUUGGGAGUGGGAGAGAGGAUUAAUAGAAGACACCAUAUGGUGAUAGAAGCCAAGAAGCAGUUAUGGUUAUCAGGGCCUCUAAUAAUUGCAAAUAUAUUGGAGAAGCUCAUUCAAGUCGUCUCUCUCAUGUUUGUUGGCCAUCUUGGAGAGCUUCCUCUCUCAGGUGCUUCAAUGGCUGUUUCCUUUGCUGCUGUCACUGGUUUCAGCUUGUUGUCAGGAAUGGGAAGUGCUCUCGAUACCUUAUGUGGGCAGGCCUUUGGUGCAAAACAAUACUAUAUGCUAGGCAUUUAUUUACAAAGAGCCAUGCUUAUUCUUAGCCUUGUGAGCAUCCCACUUGCUUUUAUUUGGGCAUUCACUGGUAACAUACUUAAAGCAAUUGGUCAAGAUAAAGAGAUAUCAUUGGCAGCUACGACCUAUGCUCGGUAUAUGAUACCAGUUAUAUUUGCCUAUGCCCUUCUACAAUGUCACCAGAAGUUCUUGCAGGCACAAAACAUAGUAUUUCCAAUGAUGCUAUGCUCUGCCUUCACUGUUAUAUUUCAUAUCUUUCUUUGUUGGGUUUUGGUGUUCAAGUUGAGGAUUGGAUUAAAAGGUGCAGCAAUUGCAAAUUCAGUCUCAUACUGCAUUUCUGUCACUAUAAUUAUAAUUUAUGUAAGACUAUCUCCGAGUUGUAAAGAGACAUGGACAGGUUUUUCAAAAGAUGCUUUACAUGAUAUUUCAAGCUUCGUCAAACUUGCUAUUCCAUCCGCUCUAAUGAUUUGUUUGGAAUUUUGGACAUUUGAAGCACUUGUUCUCAUGUCUGGUCUUCUUCCAAACCCAAAGCUAGAAACAUCAGUACUUGCAAUUUGCCUAAAUUCUUCAACACUGGCAUUUAUGAUUCCUUUUGGUAUCGGAGCUUCUGUGAGUACGCGUGUCUCUAACGAACUAGGAGCUGGACAACCACGAAAUGCUUGGUUAGCAGUGAUUGUUGGAGGAAUUAUUGCCAUCUUACAGGGUGUGGUAGUAGGAUCAACUUUGAUUUUAGGACGGCAUGUCUGGGGAAAAUUAUUCAGCAAUGAAAAGGAUGUUGUGAACUAUGUAGCCAAAAUGAUGCCUUUUCUCGCACUUUCUAAUUUCAUUGAUGCUACACAGAGUGUGCUUACAGGUACUGCUAGAGGAUGUGGUUGGCAAAAACUUGGUGUAAUUGUUAACCUUGGAGCUUAUUAUGUGGUUGGCAUUCCUUUUUCUAUAUUAUUGGCUUUUAAAUUUCAUCUUAAAGGGAAGGGUCUAUGGCUAGGGAUUAUAUGUGGCCUUUUUGUUCAAGUCCUGUUACUUCUCAGCAUUACUUUGUGCACUGAUUGGGAGAAAGAAGCAAAUAAAGCUGUGGAGAGAGUUAACAAUUCCAUUGAUAUCCAUCUAUCAAAUAUUAAUCAAGGGGAGGAGGAAAGAAGAUCUGAUAAUGGUCACUAGUUCUUCUUCAAU